GCUUCGCUUCCGGGAGGAAACGGGCUUCUAGGAGUGCGGAAGCGAGGCUGGGCGCCGCCGGGUCCCGGGUCCGGUGGCUUAAGCAGGCAUGAAGAUCACCAGGCAGAAACACGCCAAGAAGCAUCUGGGCUUCUUCCGUAACAACUUCGGAGUCCGCGAGCCCUACCAGAUCCUUCUGGAUGGCACUUUCUGCCAGGCGGCGCUGCGGGGUCGCAUCCAGCUGCGGGAACAGCUGCCCCGCUACCUCAUGGGGGAGACCCAGCUGUGCACCACGAGAUGUGUGUUAAAGGAGUUAGAAACACUGGGGAAGGAAUUAUAUGGAGCAAAACUGAUCGCACAGAAAUGCCAGGUUCGAAAUUGUCGUCAUUUCAAGAGUGCAGUGAGUGGAUCAGAAUGUCUCCUGUCCAUGGUGGAGGAGGGAAAUCCUCAUCAUUAUUUUGUGGCAACACAGGAUCAGAAUUUAUCUGUGAAAGUAAAGAAGAGUCCAGGAAUUCCCCUGAUGUUCAUUAUUCAGAACACUAUAGUCUUGGACAAGCCUUCUCCCAGAACAGUGGCCUUCGUGAAGGCGGUGGAGUCAGGCCAGCUGGUCUCUGUACACGAGAAACAGAGUAUCAAGCAGCUAAAGGAGGAGCAAGGCCUGGUGAGGAACCCUGAACGGAGGAGAAGAAGAAAGAAGGUGGGCGGACCCAAUCCUCUCAGCUGCUUGAAGAAGAAGAAGAAAGCACAGGACACAAAGUCGCCUGCUUCAGAAAAGAAGAGGAGAAGGAAAAGAAUCCGGAACAGAUCGACCCCAAAAGUCCUAUCCGAGCAGCAGGGUGUGGAAGGAUGAUGCGUGCUGUGGAUAUUCUGGAAGGCGAUGGGAAAACUAAUGGACUUCUAAAACUGUCAAAGUGUUUACAGCAAAGGACUAAACUUAGUUUUGUAAAUUAAUACUGUCACAUAUUCUUUUGCCUAAAAUUAAAGAUGGUUGGGUUUCUUUAUCAGCAUUCA